AUGCAAGCAAUGCAAGCAAUGCAAGCAAUGCAAGCAAUGCAAGCAAUGCAGGCAAUGCAAGCAAUGCAAGCAAUGCAAGGAAGGAACGAACGAACGAAGGAACGAACGAAGGAACGAACGAACGAACGAACGAACGAACGAACGAACGAACGAAUGAAUGAACGAACGAACGAACGAACGAACGAAGAAAGGAGGAAGGAACGAAGGAAGGAAGGAAGGAAGGAAGGAAGGAAGGAAGGAAGGAAGGAAGGAAGGAAGGAAGGAAGGAAGGAAGGAAGGAAGGAAGGAGGUAGUGUGCUGUAUACAGAAGAAAAUUGUUUAAAAUUUAAAUUUUAAACGCAAAAAACCUUUCCCUUGAUAUUUCUCUGGUGAGAGGGAAAUAUUCUGAGUUGUAUACUGUAUAAAUAAAUCAUUUUAGCUGGCAGUGAACAAUUAAAAACUUACUACAUCUGGCUUGUUGUCCGUCCCAAUAACCUUUUCCACGACAUGUUCUUACAGCAGAUCCUGUCAAUCUGAAGCCAGAAUUACAUGAAGCCCUUUGGGUACCAUUGAAGCGAUAUGAUUUGAAAAUAAUCUGUCCAUUCCUUACUUUUCUGGGCUUUGAACAACGCAUUCCUAAAAUGAAAUAA